CAAGGUGAAAAACCGUCUCUCUGUUGCCCUAUCCAUUUCUUGCUCUGAACUCUCACUUUCUCUUCUCAUGGCUUCCUCCCUUUCCUCCUUCUCAUCUCUUCUAAACCAACCACAUUCAUCAAUCUUCAUCAAAAUCCAGAAAUAUCGUUAUCUUAAUCUCUGUUUCCUCUCAAACAAAACCCAUUUUAACCCUUCUUAUUCUCCUCUUCGAACACUCAGAUGUACUUCUUCUCUAAAUUUCCCCAGAAACUUUUCACAAUUCCAACCUUCUUCUUCUUCCACCACCAAUAGCAACAUCAAAAAUGGUCCAAGUCUCCAUGAUUUCAUCUCUCGUGCCGUAGCUGCUGCUUCAGAUGUUCAACCAGCUGCACUUCCAGUUACUCCAAUAUCUACUUCAGAAGUUCUACCAAGGGGUCGUAUAUACCAUGAGACAUAUGGAUGUCAAAUGAAUAUUAAUGAUAUGGAAAUUGUCUUAGCAAUUAUGAAGAAAUCUGGAUAUGAUGAAAUUGUAGCAGAACCCGAGAGUGCAGAAGUCAUUUUUAUUAAUACUUGUGCAAUUAGGGACAAUGCUGAGCAGAAAGUAUGGCAGAGGCUUAAUUAUUUCUGGUUUCUUAAGCGACAAUGGAAGGGAAAUGUUGCUACUGGAAGGUCUGUGUCAAAGCAUCCUCCUAAAGUAGUUGUGUUAGGGUGUAUGGCGGAGAGGUUGAAAGAUAAAAUACUUGAUUCAGAUAAAAUGGUUGAUGUUGUUUGCGGGCCUGAUGCUUAUAGGGAUUUACCGCGUUUAUUAGAAGAGGUUGAUUAUGGUCAAAAGGGGAUUAACACUCUUCUUUCCCUUGAAGAAACUUAUGCCGAUAUUAGUCCAGUUAGAGUCGCAAAGAACUCGAUUUCUGCAUUUGUGUCUGUGAUGAGGGGUUGCAAUAAUAUGUGUUCCUUUUGCAUUGUGCCUUUCACAAGAGGAAGAGAGCGAUCGCGUCCUGUGGAAUCGAUCGUGAGAGAGGUAGGCGAGCUUUCGAAUGAGGGGGUGAAGGAGAUAAUGCUUCUUGGUCAGAAUGUGAAUAGCUACAAUGAUGCUUCUGGCCUUGAAAGUGAUGCUGAACCAGACGCUACAUGGGCAUUAAGUGAGGGGUUUUCCAGCAGGUGCAAGGUCAAGAAGACGGGAUUGCGCUUCGCUGAUCUUUUGGAUAGAUUGUCAAUUGAGUUUCCUGAGAUUCGGUUCAGAUAUACAUCUCCACAUCCCAAAGAUUUCCCAGAUGAAUUUCUGUAUUUAAUGCGAGACAGGCAUAAUAUUUGCAAGAGCAUCCAUUUGCCUGCUCAAACAGGGAGUACAACAGUACUUGAAAGAAUGCGCCGGGGAUACACCAGGGAAGCAUACUUAGAUCUCGUGCAAAAAAUUCGGCGAAUCGUGCCUGAUGUUGGGAUUAGCAGUGAUUUCAUAUGUGGAUUUUGUGGAGAAACAGAAGACGAACAUGCUGACACAAUAAGCCUUCUAAAAGCUGUUGGUUAUGAUAUGGCAUACAUGUUUGCAUAUAGCAUGAGAGAGAAAACCCAUGCCCACAGAAAUUACACUGACGAUGUACCCGAAGAUGUGAAGCAGAGAAGGUUGGCUGAAAUGAUCCAGACAUUCCGUGAAACGACUGGUCAGUGCUACGACUCCCAAGUUGGAACCGUCCAACUUGUAUUAGUUGAAGGACCUAACAAGCGAGCUCCAGAGACAGAGCUUAUUGGCAAGAGUGACAGAGGUCAUAGAGUAAUUUUCAAAAAUGUUCCAAUCCCACAUUUCACUGAAAAUGGUGAGAAACAGCUUGCAAAAGUCGGUGAUUUCGUCGAAGUUCGGAUUUUGAAAUCAACAACAGCUUCACUAUUUGGAGAAUCACUUGCUGUAACAAAAUUAAGCUCGUUUUAUGAGAGUCCAGAUGUAGCUGUUGCUUGUUCAGGCAGAACUUGAUGACUUUUUAUUGCUGCAUCUAUAUCUAUAUACAUUUCCCAUCUUUAUAAGGCAAAUUGUUUUCCA